CGUCGCUACGGGCGUGCCUUGGCCGCGAUGCCUCGGCACUGACGCGCAUUAUCACGUGGCAGUUUCCGGCGCCAGUGGUGACCACCCAUGCGCGCCGCCAGGUCGUGAUGGCCAUCGACGUCGACCGCACCACCGACGACGUCCGGGGCGUGGAUCUCUUGGUCGAGACAGCGCCAGCGAAGCGAGCCUCGGCCACGCGGCAGCUGGAAAUGAUGAUCUGCGGGUCGAUCGAACGUCCCGAGCUUGAUGGUCCCCCGAGUGUGCGGCGACGCCGUCGGUCCGUGAGUGAAAGCUCAAUGGCGGACCUCGACAAUGAGCUUACAAGUGGCGCGCGGAGCAAUCAGGUCGAGAGCGGCAUUCCGUCGUUGCCGCUUCGGGACAAGCUCGCCGUGCUCUCCAAGAACUUACUCCAGCGAAAGACCAAAACACCCGCGUAGUCGUAUUUGUAUUCCUGUUUAUUGACGUCCUUGAUAUCAUCA